AUGACCGCACCGUACAGCUGUACAUCAGUCGUCCAGCUUUGCCGAACACCCGGUAUCGAGAAGCGUUGGAAGAAGGAGGUGGGAUUAGCGGAGUGGCUGCCGACAUCUGCUGGAUCCGGUCGCUCCCUGGAUACCGUUUCUCCGGCUGAGUGUACAUCCGAGGCUACCGAGACCGCCCGCCAAUCCAAAUACACGGAGCGUGCAGCGGAAGACGCUUGGCUUGAUAUCCAAGAGCAUCCGGUGUUUUCACCAGACGGAAACAGUUUUCUCCUUUUGGCGCCGGUCCAAGAAGGAAGCAUAGAAACGUACACUCACAUUAAGCACGUCACGUUAGCGCAACAACGCAUCGCGGUGUUAAGUCACGGCCGUUUGGAGGUAACUAAAAUAUUAGGGUGGAAUUCUUUCAAUCAUACAAUAUAUUAUUUGGGCACGCAAGAGAAUAAACCGGGGCAACGUCACCUUUACGUUAUUCGAAAUCCUUCGAGAGAGGAGGAUAGCAGAAGGAUCGCACCUGAGUGUAUAACGUGCGAUUUAGGGAAAUUGUGGAGUCCUAGUAGAUAUUACUACAGCAACUGCACUCAUUUUAGCGCAUCGAUAAGUCCUAGUAGUAAUACGACGGACAUGCUAUAUUACGUCCUUGUAUGCGAAGGACCAGGGCUUCCAUUAGCAGGAGUGCACUCUGCAAAAACUAACAAAUUAUUAAGGCUACUGUACGAUACGAGGCCCCAGCAAGGGCCACUUUUGAGUCAAUUUGCUUUACCAAAGCAGUGGUCUUUUGAGGUGCCUUUGUCCCAAGGUAGUAAAGCUCAGGUUCAACUUUUACUUCCUCCAAGUUGGAGACCGGAACUACGAGAUGCCGCAUAUCCCGUUGUUGUAGAAGUCAAUGGAAGACCUGGUAGUAAGGCGGUUACGGAAAAGUUUCGAAUUGAUUGGGGGACGUAUAUGUCGAGCCACUGCGAUGUCGUAUACGUUCGUUUAGAUGUUCGAGGCUCCUUAGGACAAAGUAACCAUGCACUAUACCGCCAUAUAGGUGGUAUAGAGGUGCUGGAUCAAGUUUUUGUUUUGAAGUACCUACUCGAAACCCUCACUUUUCUUGAUGAAACUAGAGUAGGAUUAUGGGGAUGGGGUUAUGGUGGUUAUGUCACUUCGAUGGUUCUAGGUUCUCAACAAAAAGUGUUUAAAUGUGGUAUUGCAGUUAGUCCUAUUGCUGAUUGGCUUUAUUACAAUUCUGCCUUUACGGAAAGGAUACUCGGAAUGCCAGCUGAAAAUUACAAGGGCUACGUGGAAGCGGAUGCAACGCAGAGAGCUAAAAAUAUACCAUCCAAGUCUAUGUUUGUAAUCCAUGGGCUUGCCGAUAUUACAACGCCGUUCGAACAUGGGAUAUCUUUAGCGAGGGCUCUUACCGAAGCGGGUGUUCUUUUUAGAUAUAAUAGCUACGCUGAUGAAGGUCAUGACCUAGUAGGUGUCAUAAGACACGUCUAUCAGUCCAUGGAGGACUUUUUCCAGGAGUGCCUUAGUCUAGAUACGGACGACCCCAAGGCUUCUCCUGAUACCUGAAGUUUAGCAAGGCACGUGUUACAUCACGUGACCGCCUUCGAAAAACUCCAUAAUCAUAGCCACCACGCAACACGCCGUCCUGCGUGGGUGCAAGUGCGAUAACAUCCUCCAAUUUAAAAAUGUGAUGUGACACGUGCAUACGGUGCAAGUGAAAUAAUAAUCGGCAGGGAUCGAUUUAAUUCAAUCAAACAAAUCAAUAAUCAAUUACUUAUAGUGCAAAAUAGUUGGACAAAACCGAUAGUUGCUGUAGGACUACGAAUUAAUUCCUUUUGUUAAUAAAAGACUUCGUUUUUACUUAAUUAGUGGGUUAAUGUACAGUGAUAUCGCCCGUUUAAAAUUGUCUGAAUGUGUUGACGACUUCAAUUUUCACCUUCAUCAAGUAUUCAAAAUUAUUUAGUGCUUGAGGUUCUAUAAAUAAUAAUGUAAUUACUAAGUCAAUUACAGAAUCAAUUUUAAUGCAAAGCAUGAGUUAGCAAGACGGGGUAAAUCAAAAACAUCCAAACUUCCAUAAUUUUCAAUAAUCAAGCAAGGUUGUGACACGUGAUCAUAAUACUCUAUGUUUAAAUAAUGUAACUUUUGCUUAAGUGAUAGAUCCUGUGCUUACACAAGGUCAGCAAAGACAAUCUGUAUAAUAUUCAGUUGAAAGUUCGUAAAUUUGUCUGCAAAAUCAAAAUUGUCACAAUUCUUGAUCAAAUUUGCUCUAUCAAAAAAAAACUAAAAUACCCCCAUGGACCCCAUUUUUUGUUAAAUCAAUUAGUUUCCGAAUUGGCCCGUACCCUUAUGCAUUUAUUACUAGUUCAUUAAUACUUUUUUUUAAUUCUAUUAAAAAAUAAGCAACAUAUCCAAUUAUGAACUUUCAACUCGCUUUUCAGCUGUACAUUUAAUAUAUACUUAAACCCAAAUCUAUUUGUUUAAUUCUACCUAAACUUAUAAAAAUCUUGUUCAUAAAAUAUAUUAGACAUUCUAAAUUAAAUUAAUAAUUUGGUGUACUUAUUAGAAUUGGACCUAUAAAAAUUUUAUCUGGUUUAAGUAGUUGUUAUUUUUAUAUAAAUAUGUGCAAUACUGGUUUCAUUAAAGAAAAAAAACAAAUGUUGCCUAAAUAAAUAAUUGUUGCAAAUAUUCAUGUUAUUUGUAAAAAAAAUAAUGUGCGAAACACCAAUUUAACUAUUAGUUUUUGUUAAUAAUAGGAAAGUAUGGAUACAUGUUAAAUGUUCUGUUUUGUAUUACUGCG